AUGGACACUCUGCAGAGACCUAUGGACACUCUGCAGAGACCUAAGGACACUCUGCAGAGACCUAAGGACACUCUGCAGAGACCUAUGGACACUCUGCAGAGACCUAUGGACACUCUGCAGACACUUAUGGACACUCUGCAGAAACCUAUGGACACUCUGCAGAGACCUAUGGACACUCUGCGGAGACUUAUGGACACUGCAGAGACCUAUGGACACUCUGCAGAGACUUAUGGACACUCUGCAGAGACCUAUGGACACUCUGCAGAGACCUAUGGACACUGCAGAGACCUAUGGACACUCUGCAGAGACUUAUGGACACUCUGCAGAGACCAAUGGACACUGCAGAGACUUAUGGACACUCUGUAG